ACUCUUCUAUCUAUCUCAAAACCGUCGCCCCAUCUCUUCACUAUCUCUCUACAUAUAAGUUUUGUAGAGAGAGACAGAUAUGUAAGGGUGGGUUCUUGUACUUUACCGGGGGGAAAAAGGGGGUUUCUUGAAGUAUCCUAUCGGAUGCUGGAGAUUUGAGGCUGAUUGUAUCAAUUGGUUGGUGGGUCUCAAAUGGGUUGGAUUUUGUUUCUCUUGAUAAACUGUUUUGAUCGGAGUGUUUCAAGAUGGUCAACGUUUUGGUGUUAGGGUUUUGAUUGUGGGUCUGAUUCUGAUUUGUUUUUUUUGUUUUUUUGUUUUACUGGUCAAUCCGUGUUGUCUUCGGUAGUUGAGCUUAUAAUUUGCAUUAUUUUCAGUUACGGUGUGUUUAUGUUAUGUUUUAUUGUGCUUUCCGAUGCUCUGGAGUCUGGACUGUGAAUGAAGGAAAUAGGGUCAUAUGCAUAGAAAUUGAUUUGGAUUUCUAGAUUUGGGUUUCUAGGCCUGCCCUGAUGCCUUUUGGCUUUGAUUUGCGGCAUUGUUCCGCAGCAAAAUGUCCCUUCAGCUUCUCGGUUCUUGGAGGUAUGGGGGGCCAUUGUUUUAAUGGCAUUCUGAGAGCCACCACUUUGUGCAUUUAUUGUACGGGGUAAGAAAAAGUUUGUAAGAGGGGCUGGAUAUCACAUUUCUGAUACUGUUAUAUUUUGGUUCUUGACUGGAUUGAGAAUUGUCCAUCUGUCCACAUCUCUUGCUCUUGAAUACUUAAUUUGGGUCCAGCUGGUUGCUGCAUGAGACAAGUGCUUAGUUGUUUGUGUACGGUGGGAAAGUUGGAUCUGAAGUUGGAAUUAUUACAACGUCAUAUGCAUCCUUUACUUGCUAUUCUGUUGAUGGACAUUUAUGGCCAUUUGCGUACUGGGACUGCAUUGCAAAAGUGAGACCCAUAAGUCGCCAUUACUAAUGGAGCGGGUGGAAAGCCAUAACGAUCGCGAGCACAUCAUCGACAUAAGAAGCAACAGUGAGGCUUCCUCAUCCGGAUCAUCACACGAUAUAAAUGGCUUGGACACAUUGCAGCGUGAAGACCGGUUCUCUACAACUGUGCGGACCCCCAUCUUUCAAACUUCAAUUUCCUCUGCCAACGGAUCGAACUCAAGGAACUCAACUGUCGUUAGGAGGGGGGAUGGACAUGGUCGUCGCCGUAGGAGUCCUUUAAAUUCUGGGUUAUGGAUAUCUAUUGAAUUGAUUCUAACAGUGAGCCAGAUUGUUGCCGCUAUAGUUGUUUUGUCCUUGUCAAGAAACGAACAUCCGCAUGCUCCUUUGUUUGGAUGGGUUGUGGGUUAUGCUUUCGGAUGUACUGCUACACUUCCUCUUCUUUAUUGGCGUUGGCAUUAUCGCAACCAGUCGUCAGAGCAAGAUACAUCUCAGCCGCGUUCGGGUUCUACUCAGAGCACCGCUCCUGCCUCCAGUGUUUCGAUAACUAGGACUUCAGAGGGCGAAGGUAGGCCCACUGCCACAACUCCUAGAGGUGCUCAAAGGACACCAAAUCCAAGACUCAAAUCGCUUGUAGAAUACUUCAAGAUGGCUUUAGAUUGCUUCUUCGCAGUAUGGUUUGUGGUUGGCAACGUUUGGAUUUUUGGAGGCCACUCUUCGUCCUCUGAGGCUCCCAACUUGUACAGAUUAUGUAUAGUGUUUCUCAUCUUUAGCUGUAUCGGAUAUGCUAUGCCAUUUAUUCUAUGUGCGACAAUCUGUUGCUGCCUUCCCUGUAUAAUUUCUAUCAUGGGCUUCAGAGAGGAUUUGACUCAAAAUAGAGGUGCCACACCUGAAUCGAUAAAUUCUCUGCCAACAUACAAGUUUAAGAUAAAGAAAUCAAGAAAUGGCAAUGGUAGAGAUGGUGGUGAAGGUGGGAUUGUGGCUGCAGGAACAGAGAAGGAACGCACUAUAUCGGGAGAAGAUGCGGUUUGCUGCAUUUGUUUGGCAAAGUAUGCAAACAAUGACGAGCUUAGGGAGUUGCCAUGUUCCCAUUUCUUCCACAAGGAGUGCGUGGACAAAUGGCUGAAGAUCAAUGCGCUUUGUCCUCUUUGUAAGGGAGAGGUAGGCGAGAGCAUUUUGAGUUCACUUUCCGCAACAACUGGUAGCCUGCCGCGAGAGGAAACACAAUGAGCCUUCCCAGCGUGCCUAUACGAACUAGCGACCCAAGUUCGGAAUUUCAAUUUCGCAUGGUCACCCAAAAGAGCACCCUUCUGUCCUUUUUCGGUGUUCUUUUAGGUUGGAGGAGUUGUAGCGUAGUAAUGAAUAUUCAAUGAUGCUGUUAUGAGCCUCUGUAAUAGCAAAGAUUUUCCAAUGUUGAAAGUCCGAUGUGCAGAUCUUGCUAAGUUGGUAAGGAUAGAAGCGUUUUUACUUAUGAAUAAAGUUGUAGGGAUAUAAAGGUGUACAAUUUGUUUGAGCAUAUUGUUGCGAGUGCCUCUUUAGAACCUGAAAUAUAUACCACUGUUUUCGUUUAA